AUGCGUUUCCUCCUGCCAUUCCUCGGCCUCCCCAUGUGCUUUUCCCAGCUCUCUUCAAUGUUCGGCAAUCCAAUUCAAGCAGAUAAUUGUGCUGAAUGGACAACCUGGGGCCCGUGUAUUUGGCUGAAGGGCUCUCCGCGUUGGAACCGGCCGUAUUUCGACCAGCUGCUGCCUGGUCGCACUGGUUGUCGACAACACGUCUUCUUCAAACUGUUGCAUGAUCGAUGGGGAGUUGUAAGUAAUAUACGCAGAGUAAAAAGUUUAAUUUUAAACGCUCAUAGGGAAAGAGCGUGAGGAAAUUUCGGAAAAUAAAGCCAACCAAGCAAUCUAGCAAUGGUUUGAAUUUGAAGCAACUUUUUUUAUAGAAUUUUGCAUUCUAAAGAUUUUUGGUUUCCUUCAAGACUGUAGAGGCUAUUGAAAUUUUCUUUUUUAUACAGUUUUUUUGAAUCUUUGCAGGCUUUUACUAACUUUUACAACUACCUCCGAGAAGUGACUGUCAGUGAAAAUCAAUGUGGAGAAUGCUCGUAUCAGCAAAGCUGCGGCCGGCAAUGUCAUCGGCGGUAAGUGAACUUCUAGGUUCUAUCAUGACUUAUCCAGAACAGCUUUUUCUUUAGAUACCUAACGGUGGAUGAUGACUGUUUCCUGUAUUCUGCUUAUCUGAACUUUCCUUUUUCUUUUCUAAUCUACUUUUUCAGGGGAAAUGUAAACUCAAUCAAUCCAUUAUUUGUUGCUGAACGUCGAUGUGAAGGCGUGGAUCAAUCAAUGGCUUGUGAAUCCAAACAAGUCAAAGGGACCUGCAGAUUAUGGCCAAACGAUGACAUCCAAUUGCCCAAUGUCACUCAGUCCAUGAAUGAUAUUAUUCAUGGCCUUGAUUUUUUGAGUUGUGUGCCGGAAAUCAGGUAAAAAUUUUUUGCGUAUUUACGGUAUAAUCAAAGUCCUCUCAAAAUUCCAAACUUUCUUUUUCAGAGGCUCCGAAACAUUGUGUAGAUGCUGCUGUCAUCCAUUCACACCAAACCCGCUGACGUUCCGAUGCGAAUUGAAACCUCAAUUUUUGGGUUAA